GAAGGAGAGAGAAUCAGGAGCAAAUCUCGACUCGAUCCGACAACUUGCAAGAAGAACAGAAACAUUUGAUCAAGUCCAGCUGAAAAGUUGAGUGAAAAUGUUUGCUGGAUUGAAGUCUGCAUUAUUGCUGCUUCUGGGACUGGCUUACGUGGUUUCUGCUGGCGAUGAGUGCCGAGUCCCCUGUCAGUGCCCCGAGCAGCCGCCGCGCUGCCCUCCCGGAGUCUCCCUGAUCACUGACGGCUGCGGCUGCUGCAGUGUCUGCGCCAAGCAAGUGGGCGAGGUGUGUUCCCGCCAACAGCCCUGCGACCCCCACAAGGGCCUGUUCUGCGAGUUCGGCUCCGCCACGUACGCCACAGUCGGAGUCUGUGCAGCUAAAGCAGGGGCUCCUUGCUUGUUUGACGGUGUUGAGUACAGGAGUGGGGAGACCUUUCAGAGUGGAUGCAAGUACAAGUGCACCUGUCUGGAUGGCUCCAUCGGCUGUGUCCCUGUCUGCAGUGUGUCCAUCCGCUUGGCUAGCCCAGAUUGUCCCGUGCCCAAGAAGAUUAAAGUGCCUGGCAAGUGUUGUGAGGAAUGGAUCUGUGAGCAACCCAGACAGCAAACCAUGGUUGGGCCUGCAUUAGCAGCUUACAGAGAAGAAGCCACCUAUGGUCCUGACCCCUCCAUGCUCCGUGCAAACUGUCUUGUACAGACCACUGAAUGGAGUGCCUGCUCAAGGACCUGUGGAAUGGGCAUCUCCAGUAGAGUAACUAAUGACAACAGAGAAUGCAGACUCGAGAAACAAACCAGACUUUGUAUGGUCAGGCCCUGUGAAAUGGAUAUGAAAGACACCAUUAAGAAAGGCAAAAGGUGUAUCCGCACUCCAAAGGUUUACAGACCUACCAAGUUUGAAUUCUCUGGCUGUACCAGUGUGAAGUCUUACAAAGCUAAAUUCUGUGGUGUUUGUACUGAUGGACGAUGCUGCACCCCUCACAGAACCGCUACACUGUCUGUCGAGUUCAAAUGUCCUGAUGGCCAACUGAUGAAAAAGAAGAUGAUGUUCAUCAAGACUUGUGCCUGCCAUUAUAAUUGCCCCAUGGACAAUGAUGUCUUUCAGUCCUUGUAUUACAGGAAAAUGAUAGGUGAUAUGGCAUAAACUAUGUAAUGGACCUAAGACUUUUUAACUGGAAAGAUUUCCCAUAUCCUAUUGAAAGGUUACUGCAUAAUACAAAGGAAAUAUUGACAUGAUCAGUUAUCAAAUGAGAAAUUGAAACAUGUCAGUGCACUCAGCCAAGAUUUUGAAACUGCAUUGCUUGUACACUGUUAGCUGUAAUAUCAUUGUAAAUAAUGUACAUAUGUGUACAGUCAUCUAAGUUAAUUUAAGUGUAUGUGCCUUAUGUGUUUAUUGCUUAAGUACUGUAGUUAUAGACUUGACAAAAUAACUGUUCUUUGAUUUUUUUAUUUUAUUUUUGAACAGUUGUUAUAACAUUGAGAAGUGUGACCAAAAGUUAAAUGUUUGCACUUUUCUAGUUCAAAAUAAAAUAUAUUUUUGAUACAAAA